UUACAAUACUAUAUUCAUUUCAUCAAACAACAAUAAUAACUUAAAGUACAUAUAUUGCAGAAAAGUCAUCAACGAUGCAGAAAAACACAGAUGCGAACCCAGUCAUGCAGCAGCUAAUGGAAAUAUUCAAAGAGUUAAAAGGUAUAAAGGAACCUACUACCACGGCCACCACUCAGGCGCCGCGGCCCACCACUGUGAGUAUUGCUACAGCGAUACUACGGAAAGUUACACACCCUGUCACAAAAAAUUAUCCCAUACAAAAGUAUCCGCAAAUAUUUAACCCGUACAUGGUAAAAAGUCCACCCAACCUUAACGAGCAAAUAGUAAACAACGCGCAAAGCUUGCCAUACAUAGCUCAUUUAUACAACCGGCCUAUUACUAUACAAACUAAUGACGACCAGAUAGCCCCUCUCGCGAUACAAAUAUCCAAGCCUUUAAAGGCCAUGAACCAACAUGUUGUGAUCACUACACAAGAUCCAAACGAUAAAAUAAAACAAGAACUACAACGAGAGAGUAAGAAACGGAUCGAAGACAACUUUCGGAUGCCUCAUUCGGAUCUUACAAAAGUGCAAUUUGCAGACAAUAUCAAUAGACACGAUGACAGAAUUGCUUACAAGAGUAGAUUUAUUAAGGAUAGAGAUAAGCCGUGGUAUUACCAUGAAUAUAGUGACGACGUUCGCCACGACGACACUCAUCCAGUAGACUCGAGGUUCAAGGGCAGUUUGAGUCACUUGCAGGAUUUGAAUCGUGCGUCAAGUAUGAGUUACUCUGAGAAUCUACCGUACACCGGGAGAAUACAUCAACAUGAGUAUAAUCAGCCUUUUAGCCAACAGAGUGACAAAGGUAAUUUGGAUGUAAUGAAGCACAACUCGAGAGGUCAUGGUUAUUCUAACUAUGAGAGACACGAACCAACAAAGUUUCAUGAAAACCUAGAAAGGGUCGAGGAUUGGCCGCGAAACAAUUGGAAAGAAAUAAAAUCAGUGUCGGUAGAAAACAGUUAUGAAGAAAUACCUGCUAGGCAUCAGGUGCCUAUUAUAAAGGAGAAGGAACGGACGAGGUACGACGACACGCACUUCACGAACUUUCUAAAGUCGCAACAAAAGGUGACCGACAUGUUGGAGAAGAUGUUGGCGAAUAAUAUGAAGAAUUCCGCCGAACAACUGCCAAGCGUUGAGGAACCGUAGCGUAGUCACAUAGUUUACAAUAUAAGUUUGUCAUAAAAUAUUAUUACACUAUUAUUAAUG